AAAGAUAUACAUCUAUAUAUAUAUAUAUAGAGAGAGAGAGAGAGAGAGAGAGUGAGAAGGAAGAUAAAUAGGUUUCGUGUUUAAUUGAAUGAACUAUUUUGUAUUGUUCGAAGAAAAAUUUAAGCAUUAGAAUUUGGUAUGUGGUCUGUGUGAGAUGGAUAUAUAACAGGAUAAUAGAUUCAGGCUAAAAGAAUAAUUAUCCAUACUGAUUAAUUAACAUCAGAACAGAUUCAUAUUUGACACACAAUGACGUCGUCGCCGUCAACGACAUCAAAAAUGAGCUUGAAGCUUUUAGUUGACGCAAAAUCGGAGAGAGUCCUCUUCGCCGAAGCAUCCAAAGACUUCGUCGACUUCCUCUUCAACCUCCACCGCCUGCCGAUCGGCACCGUCACGAAGCUCCUAACCAAAACCAACAUGGUGGGUUCCUUAGGCAAACUUUAUGAAAGCAUCGAGAAUCUCAACUACACAUACUUACUGCAACAGAACCAAGACAUCAAAGACAUCUUAUUGAAGCCAAAAACCCUAAUCCCUCCUGGCUUCCUCUUGCUCCCAAAUUACGAAGGGAAUAUUGAAGAUCAUCAAGAGCCUCCUAAGCUGUACAUGUGCAGGAAUAGGUGUCAGUACAGUGUGACUCUGGUUAUGAACACGCCAUGUUUGUAUUGCAGAAAUCCUAUGAACAGUGCAGUGACGUACGUGGGGAAGAAGGAGAUGGAAGUGAAAGGUUAUGGUGGGACUGAGAAGGAUGGGUUUGUGAAGGACGUGGUGACGUAUAUGGUGAUGGAUGAUCUUGUGGUUCAGCCUUUAUCUACUAUUUCAUGUAUUGCUUUGCUCAAUAAGUUCAACGUCAAAGAUGUCAGUUCACUGCAAGAAAUGGCUGUUGAGUUUGGAAUACAAGAGGGUAUGGAACUGCUUAAGGCUUCUCUACAGUGCAACAAUGCUUUGACAAGUGUUUUCCUCAAGAAUAUCAAGUUUAAGAAAGAAUCAAAUAUGAUCCUGCUUCAUUAAUGCCAAUAUACACAUGUACACACACACAUCAAAUAGUAUUGCUUACUUGAUUCCAUUUACUUGUUCUUUGUCAUGCAUGGAUAAUUAAAUAGGUAUGCUUAUCAAAUAUAAAUUUGAAUGGAUGUAAACAAAGGGGGAGUUGAACUUGUCACAUUUGUAUUCCUUAAACCCUAUACUUUGUUCUUUAAUAUGAUCUCUCUUCCUUUUA